CGGGGUGAGAAUGCCCCUGGGAAUGUCACAUGACUGCCGCCCCAUGUGUGUGAGAGGUGUCCUCUGGGAGAGCAUGGAUCCUGAGGUCCCAGGCAGGGACAGGCCUGGGCCCUCUUCUGCCUUCGUGGGGCUGCUGCCAAGAAGGUGCUCCCUGAGCUUGAUUGGGGCUCUGAGAGUCCCUGACAAAGACCCUGUCAUGUUGAGAGGAAAACCAUGUGUUGGAAUGGACAGAGGGGCUGCGUUUCAGAUUCAAGCCUGGAUUCAUACCCAGUGCCCGGCUGAGCGGUCUUAUGGAGUGGUAGGUGAUCUCUGGGAGUCAGAAGCAGCACCUGUAAUCUUAGGCUGUAAGUCUGCUCAUUGCCCUGUCAGCUGUUCUGUUCCAGCCCCCUCUGCACCAAGCUGACCCUGUGGAAAUUGUUGCCUGACUUGUCUCCUGGCUCUCUUUGCUGUGGUCUCAAGGUCAGUGUCUGAAUUUUGUUCCCUACUUUGUUAUGUCUGCCAGAUGGUCAGUAUUCUGACAGUGUGGGACAAAGGGAAAACGGCAGCCUGGGCAACCCCGCCUCUAUAAGAACUAAAAAAUCAGCCAGGCAUGGCGGUGCAUGCCCCUGUAGUCCCAGCUACUCAGGAGGCUGAGGCAGGAGGCUCUCUUGAGCCCGGGAGGUCAAGGCUGCAGUGAGCCAUGAUCAUGCCACUGCACUCAGCCUGGGCAACAGAGUGAGACCCUGUCUCAAGAAAGAAAAACGAGAAAGGGAGAGUCCCUCCACUGUAAGGAGAUCGGGUUCAUUGCAUUUUGGGGUGUUGGAGAAAAAUACUGAGUCAGCACCUGUGUGGGAUUGGUGGGAGCAGAUUUGGUGUUUUCCACCCCUUCAGAGGAUUCUGAGGUAACUCAGUUCUGUUGGCCUUGGCCUUGUAUGGGGAGGAUUUCCCUCCAGCCUUUUAUGGGGAGGAUUUCCCUUGUAUGGGGAGGAUUUUCCCUCCAGCUUGUGGGAAAGGAAUCAAGGACCAGAGACAGGCAGGGGAGAAUAUCACUGAGGGAUUUACGGCAGCAGCCUCUGCACGGCUUCCCCACGACCUCCCCAGCUGCUUGCUGGACGCUGCUGGAGAAACAGCACAUCCCGAGAUCAUCAUGGCCCCAGCAUCCUCUUGAACUUAGUAACAGUUGGCCCGACAGAUGAAGCGGAUAUCAUCCCUGUCUUAGAAGUUCUCUAGCCCCUUUCUUAGAGAUAAGCUGCUAUUUCGUUCCUAAAAGAAGUCAUGGCUGUUCAGGUGAGAAGAACGGUUUAGUCAGCAUCUAUGCAACACUGUAGAGACGCUUGGUGAGAGGUGUUGGGAUGCAGGAGAGUGGCAGACCGCAGGGCCCGAGGAUUGUCAGCUGACCUCUGUCCUGUGUGCCCAGUGGCCCCAGGUGACGUGUCUUCAAGAAGAGGCUGAGCUGCGGUGCUUGUAAGAGUCAUGUGCUGUUCCUGGGGCUUGGAUGAUGUAGGGGAAGCAAGGUGAAAGUGGUAUCCCGUGGUUCCACGUUCUGUCCUGCUGUGGGGCUGUCCCUCACAUGCCUUCAGUGGCUGUUGCAGAGGAAGAGCCUCCGGAAAUCUGCGUGGGUAAAGUCUCAGCCUUAGAUCCAAGGACAGUCCAAGGAAGUCCUAAGACCAUGGAGUUGGUGAUCUGGGAUCUGGGUUUGCUGAUAUUUCUCACCAUGAAUCUCUUGGUGGUGUUUGUGGGCACGAGAGGGGCAGAGAAUAGAGAGUGAGGCUACCACAUGAAGCGUCACCAGAGCUGCUCCCUGCUGCCUGCUCAGAGCACCCCGGAUCCACUGUUCAAUCUGCACAAGAUUCGGGGUCCAGACAUGGGAGACUUCAGCUGCCUCAGAGGACCGUGGACAGGGAAGGCCAGCCUCGCAUCCCUCUGUCCAUGCCUGGAAUGACUUUAAUAACCAAGAGUUUUAUUCUUGAAUUUGUAGCUGUCGUUCACUUUUUACCCACCCAUUCAAUAAACCUUACAGAAUUGC